UCGGUAAAAAGAGCGUGUAUCGAGCGGACCUGUCGCUCACUUCUGUUAUUUAAUAAUGUACGCGACGCGAUCAUGAGUGACGAACUCGAGCGGUCUUCUACCGAGAACGUCACAGUGGUGACCGGUAACUUCCCAACCGUCUCCAGCCUCAAAUCGGAGGAUUCCACCGAACAGUUGAUUUGCAAAACACCGCAAAAGUCCACCAAGAGCAAAAAGGGGAAAAGUGUCAGUUCAAAGAGUGUGGAAGCCGGUAGUGAUGAUGGCGGGGGUUCGAGACGGAUUGUAGUGUUUCUGGGACUAUCUCAAGUGGUGCUCGGUGUGUUGUUAGUGGGGGGAGGGGCUCUAGCGGUCGUUAAGGGCGCGGCGCUGUCGAGGGUCGGGGCGGGAUUGUGGUCGGGGUGUAUCGCGGUGGUGGCCGGCGUGGUGGGAGUCAUUGCUGGCAUUAAUGACUGUUAUGGAUUAAAUGGACCUACUUCUGGGGGCUUGCUGACGGCGUUCCUGGCGCUGUCCUUGCUAUGCCUAGCGUGCGGCAAUAGUGCCGCAGUGCUGGCGGCAACCGGCCUGCAGCGGGACUCACUGCGGCCGCCCUCGCCGCUUAACACCUUUGAAGAUGAAAUGCAAGCAUGGAGUCCAGUGCUCACGAACAUCGGGCUGCUGAUCAUCGCUUCAGUCCACUGCCUAGUUUGCAUCGUGUCCAUCUACCACCUCUCCCGGCGGGUGUGCUCCUGCUUCCGGCCCAAGCAGGCCUUCGACCACAACCAGUUCGACCCGGCCUACAAGGCGCCCUGCGUGUUCCAUGUGGAUGAGAUUAAGAAGACCCAGGAUCUGGAGAGGCUCAGAGGACAUGAGCUUUGUAAGGAGUUAGAGGCGAAACUGCAAGGGGAUAGUGUGAAGAAGAAGGAGGAGCCCCAGCAGUUCGGCAGUGCGAACAGCAAGGAGCACUUAGUGGACAGGUGGGUGGGGCGGCAGGCCAGCACAGUGCCGCGACCGCGCCGCGCCGCCGGCGUGCGCAAGCACCGCAAGCCGCCCGCGCCGCUCGUGCUGCUGCCCGCGCACCCAGCGCACCCAGCGCACGCCGCGCACGCCGCGCAUCCCGCUAGCACGCUGGGCCGCAUGCCAGUGAGCAUGGUGGUGUCGCCGCGCUACGCCACGCUGCCGCUGCCGCCCGCGCCCUACGCGCCGCCCGCCCAGAUAUACUAUCCUAUUCAUGAUACGCGCAUGCGACGGCGCCGCUCACCGCGCGCAGUCCGCCACGAGCGGCGGCGGCAGGCGCGUGAGCGGGACUCGCUCACCCGCUCGCUUGAGCGCAUCCAUCGCAAGCGGCGAGCGGACCGCGAGCGACCGUCUGACGCUGACCUCAAGAGGACUUAUACGGGGCUCGACAGAGCCUACGCCGAGCAGUUCAUAGCGGUGUGCGACGAGAGCCGGCACGCGGCGGAGCAGCACGACUCGCUGGCCAGCUCGGCCACCGACUCUACUAACUCGCAGGACACGCGAUAGACUGCCUCCAGUUAUAUCGUUACACGUGUUUUAUAGGCUGAAAGUUUAACACGUAUACACUAUUACAUCUAUUUCAUGAUGGAUGUAAGUUUAAUCUGUAGGCCAAAUUCUGAUUUAGUUAGAUUUUUUAAUCUCAGUCGUGCGAUAGUCUUCAAUUGAUGUGUGAUUUCAAAUUAUUUUGUUGUCCAAUAUAAUAGUUAAAUAACUCUUUUUGUUAGUGAACAUAUUUUAUUGCUAAGUGAUAGAUCUAAAGCUAUGCAAAUGUUUCUAAAUUGAAGAGAUCGUGCGUUUUUCUUUCAAGAACUGAUAAUAAUUCUGAAUCCAUCGCGCGUAUAAAUCGUUUUCUGUAGGUUUAACUUCCUGACGUUUGAGAAAUAGGCUCCCAAGUCCCAAUCAAAGACAAAUUGUUAAUAAGUUAACUUUGUAAUCUAUAAUGGAGUGAACCAUCACCGAUUUGUGUGAUUGACUUAGUCUUAUAUUUUACAAGUUUUCUAUAUAGUAUAUAAAUAUGGUCAUUUUCCAGUUAGGAUUAAUAUUAUAUUCACAGUAUCUUGUAACCAAACAUACUUAAAUAUGUGUAUUUAUAAGUUAAAAAUGAGAAUCUGAAAAUUAGAUUCUUUAUAAUUAGGAAUGAAUUUAGAAAUGUAUUUAGUCGUUUGUUUUAAUUGUUAUUUAUUUAAAUUUUACGUAACGAUGGAAUUGUAAUACUCUUUAGUUCGUAUUUCUCUUACAUUAGAUUUAUACAAUUAGCUUUUUAUACUUGAUUUAUUAAAGGUACUUUCAUAUAUUUCGGAGUAAAUUUUAAAACUAACAAUGCACUUUACUAACUUAACUUUAUUAACCAAAAAUUAAACAGUAUAAAAAACCAGUGUCUCGCAUUAGCUUCGCUUAUUGAAAAUGAGAUGAAUAAUUUACUAUUUUACAUUUAAAGUUGCAUUUCCAAAUACUUUCAAAUGAAUUCUCAAGAAUACAGCUAUUGU